AUGCUCCUUCGACGUUCUUUUCCCAUUCUUUCGAGAUUGAAACAUACCAUGACCAGCACUAGCCGUCAAGCCGAAAUCACUGACAACUUGAAUGCUGUGCGCGAGGCCAUUAAGCAAGUCAACUGCCCUCAAGAGGCACGUUUGGUAGCUGUAAGCAAGUACAAGCCUGCACAAGACCUUCUUUAUGCAUAUGAAGCGGGCCAACGACACUUUGGUGAAAAUUAUGUACAAGAGCUGGUCGAGAAGAGUGGAGAGCUUCCACGUGAUAUUCAAUGGCAUUUCAUCGGUCAUCUUCAAAGCAACAAGUGCAAGGCUGUGGCAGCUAUCCCCAACUUGUAUGUUGUCGAGACCGUCGAUAGUCAAAAGAAGGCCGAUACAUUGAAUAAGGCUUGCGCUGGAUUACGACCUGAUCCUCUUCGUGUCUUUGUUCAAGUCAAUACCAGUGGAGAAGAUGUCAAGAGUGGCGUGUCUCCUGCUGAUUGCCCCAACGUGUGCAAACAUAUCGUUGAGAAUUGUCCUCAGCUUAUCCUUUCUGGUUUGAUGACGAUUGGCAUGUUUGGACGUGAUCCUAGCGAAGAGAAUCCUGAUUUCCAAUGUUUGGUGGAAUGUAGAAAGCAAGUGAACCAAGUGCUCCCUGACCAAUCAUUGGAGUUAAGCAUGGGUAUGUCUGAGGAUUAUCUUCAAGCCUUGAAGGCGGGAUCCACCAAUGUCCGAGUGGGACGUACCAUUUUUGGCGCUCGACCACCCAAGGAAGAGAUGAAGAAGUAA